GCCGGGGCUGCCAAAUCUGCAACGCGGGCCGAACACAUUAAACCAAAAUAUACUUCCAUCGGCCUUCGACGUCCCUACAUCCCGUUAUGACUUUAACGCGUGCACUGCCACGGUGGUCACCGGUGAGCGGCACCUUACACCCACAGCCUAUCUCAAAAUCCGUAAUACUUGUAAAAUUCUGAGUAAAUGUCAUCGAAAAUGCUACGAAAUAACAGUCGCCAAGAAUGGACGAAGACGAGUAUAUCGAAGUAACGAUUACCGAUUCAUCAACGAAAAUUCCAACCUCUAAAACUCUAAGCACGAUUCGCGAAUACGACAGCACGACAUCCCGUUCGCCAGUACAAAAUGUCGCUCGAGGAGACGCUGAUAAUUCCAAAAAUUUUAAAUCAAGUACCGAAUGUCUCCCACACUCCAAACAGAGAUUAAAUUCGUUACGAGGCUCGUGCAAGCCGUUCGACGUCGAUCUGCUUCUGAGGUACUACGCGUGCAAUGCUAAUAUGGAGAAGUCUAUUAAAAAAGUGUUCGGGGAACACGAAGAAAUCAGGGACGAGAAAUGUUUGAACUUUCUGGACGACUCUCUUGUCAAUCUGGUUUCCAAAGAUGUCGAGAAACGUCCGUUGGUCGAAUUGGGUGCGGUUUACAAAAUUUUCAAUCUGUCCCGACAAUCGUCCGACGAUUCUCUGUUAGUCGCGUUUCGAUUUCAAGAAACUUUUACCGAGUUGCAGUCUCUGAUAGCUCGGUACAAUGCUAAAGAAUUGGAACGGAUCCUCUCGAACGAUCCUUCGGUGAGAAUCUGUAAACAUUGCGGGGUGAUUAGUUGCGCCAAGUCUGGAAACGUCUCCGUCGAGACGCGACAAUCGCCGCCCAGAGCUUCUUACUUUCUGAACGCGCGAACAUUAUCGAACGACGACAAACGCGUCUGGAAACGGAAACGGGAAACAGGAAAGAUCGGUAAUAUCGGUAGUUCGAGAGAAGAAAAAUCCCAGACAAACGCUCCUCAACGCGUGGAAAUCAUGGUAGCCGAGCGUGAAAAUGUCAACGAGACUCCGAACGUUGGAUCGUCUCGAAAACUCAAAAGGAAACACAAUGAUAAAACUACUGAUUCUGAUUUUCUGGUUAAAACCGAUCUGCAACGUCCCAAAUCGCGUAACGAACAAAAAGAUCGUGAAACGUCCAUCAAAAGUCGGCGAAACGAAGACGAAUUCAACGAGAAAGUCAUAAACGAUAUCUUGUACAUAAAAUCGAAAUCGGAGCUGAGCAAUUUUACCAAACAAAAUCAGAACAUUUCUUCGAUCAUCAAUACGAUGGCUCGUUUGAAGCAAGAUUGCCUCGAAUUAAAAGACACGCAACUCGUUCUGCAUCCUGAUCAGAACUAUAAUUCGCAAUUAGAUUCUUCGUUCACGAUUUACGACGAGUCGAACCGUCCGAAAAGGGCCGCGAAGAAUGUCUAUAAUUACGCGGAAUGUCGUAAAUGGAUCGAGUACGCUAAAAAUAAUAAACAAUCGAGCAACCUCGCGUGUCUGAUGGAGAACGAUUCGCUGGAGAACCUAACGAAAGCGUCCAGCUCGAUGGUACGAUCUGAUCAAAGCAACACCACAGCCUGUAGUUCCUCGUCCGCGGAAAAUCUGGUACACGAAUGGAACGAAAGAUCAAUUGCUUGGAAACCUGUCGUGCAGAGCGAUAGUUUGUACAAGAAAAACCAAACGAAACAUCGUUCGCCGGCCAGACAGGUUUCCAGCGAUGAUUCGAAAACGAGAAACUCCGGAAAGGUCGAAGGUCUCGGUAGGAAGAGAUUUAGCAUAAAACGGCUGUUCGGGUCUCUAAGAUCUCUUAAAUCUACGAGAUCCGUGAGAUCCAAUAAUUUGAACGUCCAUCCUUCGACUUCUUCCAACGAUAACUCGUCGAAUACUUUGAACAAUAUUGCACGGCGAAUUAGUUACGACGAAUCGUUGUUGAAAACAAUGAACGACGGUGGAUGCGACGGGACAGCGAAUACAUUGUUGCUUUACCGACGAAUCCUCGAGAACACUGAAAAAAUGGACUGGGAUACUUUCCAACGUUUUAUCGAGAACCUACACGCGAGUCAGAGAGACGUUUGGCAAAAUAUUUGCGACGCCAUUAACAAAGAAGCGAGAAGGAUAGCCGAUAAAAGCGAUGGGAUCACGGAAGUGUGUAUAGAAAUUAGCUCAAUUCCCCGUGACGGAACAAAGAACAGGGGAAGAACGUGCGGCGACGAGAUCGUGUUCGAGAUGGACAUUGCGCUCAGAGACGUCGAGGGGUUUCUCGAUAGGCAGCAGCUUUUUGCCGAGAAAGGCCAUCUUGACACCCUCGAGAGAGCCAGCGAAGUUAUUAGAGUUCGAAACGAUGAUGUUUGUAAUAUUGAAGUGGCCUCCAAUCAAGCUGAAUAG